UGGUUGAUCACUGAGAUUAUAAAAAACGGUCAAGUUUGGUCACUCGAUGUAUUUGAAUCCAUUGAUGGUACUUUAUUUUACAAAAAUCGUUCACGUUCGGUCACUCUCCGUUAGCUACCGUCCAUCUCCGUUAAAGGAGUCCGUUAAGUGAUGACGUGACGGACGGAAUUGUCAAAUCAGCACUAUUUAACUCAAAAAUAAUCUGACCUGACCCACCACAUUAUUGAAAUCCGCCAGCUCAUCUAAACCUACCCAACCCUCUAACCAAACCAGACCCGACCAAGACAAACUAUGGCGUCGCUCAAGCACUGCAAUGCCGCCACAGCUCUACUCCUGGCGAUCGUCUUAGCCCUGGCGGUGGUUGGGACCCAGGUGACGGUGGCUGAGGCGCAGGCAUGUCCAGUCCAGCUCAGCAACCUCAACGUUUGCGCGCUGUUCGUCAUGCCCGGCGCCGCCACUCCCAGCUCUGAGUGCUGCUCGGCGCUCCAGUCCGUCCAGCAAUACUCCCUCUGCAUCACCGUCCAGAUCACUGCUCGCCUUCCUUCCCUUUGCAACCUCUCUCCCGUUGGCUGCUCCACUGUCUAAUUAAGUGGUACUAGCUACAUCGUCAAACCCCCACCUAAUUAAUUGGAGGACCACUCCAUGGUUCAUUGAUUUUUCCUACUGAAACGUGGUUUUGGCUUGAAUACUGAUUCGUUAGCUUUGGUUUGCAUAUGUGUGGGAGAAGAUGGCACGAACCCGGUCGGUGCACGUCCACAGAAUAAUGCCCCCCAUGAUUACAACUUCUUCUUGUUGUUUUUCGUCUCUAUUUUUUAUUUUCUUAAAGAACAAUCGGCUUGUAUCCCGAUCUGCAACCAAGCACAAGGAUUUGGUUUCCGAGAAAUAAAAAAAGAAGCGGAAUGGCAGAAUAGUUCACAAACUAGUGGAUAAUUUCCAAGCCCCAGAGAGACAUGGCCCUGCUCGAGAAUCAGAUCCCCUUUUUCGUCCUCGAAUAGCUUUUCUAUCCACAGUCCGCAGAAGCUUCAGCGGCUCACACUCUGUUACACUCCCUGAUAUCCUUGUAGGGUUCUUCAAAUCGGCGAUAAGUUGGCCGCUGUCGACAACUCCGGCGCAGUCUACUGCGGCGACGACGAUGAAUCUCCACGAGAGGGAAACGAUUAGAAUGUCGAUUUAGGGAUUUAAUCCUGGUGGGUAGUUGGGUGGGUAGUUGGGUUGGUGGGUCAGGUCGGGUCUGGUCUAGUUUGGUUAGAGGGUUGGGUAGGUUUAGAUGAGUUGGUGGUUCGGAUCAGAUUAUUUUCGGGUUAAAUAGUGCUGAUUAGACAAUUCUGUCCGCCACAUCAUCACUUAACGGACUCCUUUAACGGAGAUGGAUGGCAGCUAACGGAGAGUGACCGAACGUGAACGGUUUUUGUAAAGUGAAGUACCAUCAAUGGAUUUAAAUAUUUUGAGUGACCAAACUUGAACGUUUUUUGUAAUCUCAGUGACCAACCAUGUAAUUAACCCAAUAAAUAAAUAUGAUAAUG